AUGGAAGUCUCAUAUAACAAUAGAUCACUUAAGAUCGAUGGGGAAGGGAAAAUCAUUAUUUCUGGGGCUAUUCAUUAUCCUCGUAGUACUGCUGAAAUGUGGCCAUCCUUGAUGCAGAAGGCAAAGGAUGGAGGUCUUAAUGCCAUUGAGACCUAUGUCUUCUGGAAUGCCCACGAGCCUAGCUACAGAGAGUAUGAUUUUUCGGGCAAUCUAGACCUUGUUAGGUUCCUCACAACCGUCAGAGAUGCAGGGCUUUAUGCCAUUCUCCGAAUUGGACCAUAUGUUUGUGCAGAAUGGAAUUAUGGUGGUUUUCCGGUAUGGUUGCAUAACCUUAAACCAAACAUAACAUUGAGGACUACAGAUGAUACAUACAUGGACGAGAUGAAGACUUUUACUACUAAGAUCGUUGAUAUGGUUAAACAAGCAAAUAUGUUUGCUCCUCAAGGAGGACAUAUAAUCCUUGCACAGAUUGAGAAUGAGUUUGGAAAUAUAAUGAGCGACUUUGGAGAUGAAGGAAAAGAGUAUAUCAAUGCGUGUGCUGACUUUGCUAAUUCUCUCGACAUUGGUGUACCAUGGAUAAUGUGCCAACAACAGGAUGCUCCAUCACCAAUGAUUGAAACAUGCAAUGGUUUUUACUGUGAUGCAUACAGUCCUAAAAAAAAUGAUUUACCUAAGUUCUGGACGGAGAAUUGGACUGGCUGGUUCAAGGCAUGGGGUGACAGACAACCAUAUAGAACUGCUGAAGAUGUUUCCUUUGCGGUUGCUCGUUUCUUCCAAUAUGGUGGCAGCUUGCAAAACUAUUACAUGUAUCAUGGUGGUACUAAUUUUGGUAGGACAACUGGUGGUCCAUAUAUUACCACAUCAUAUGAUUAUGAUGCUCCACUUGACGAAUAUGGUAAUGUGAAUCAACCCAAGUGGGGGCAUCUCAAACAACUGCACGAGCUCCUCAUAGCAGCAGAGAAAAUUCUCACUAAUGGUGUAAGGAGAGAUAUUGACUAUGGUGAUAUGAUGGGAGUAUCAGUUUACGAGUUCAGUGGGCAGAGGUUUUGUUUCUUUGGAAAUGCAAAUAACCAAGAUGAACAAACCUUUUCAUUUGAAGGCAACAAUUUUACUAUUCCAGCUUGGUCUGUUAGUAUCCUUCCUGAUUGCUUUAUAGAAGUUUUCAACACUGCUAAGGUUAAUACUCAAAAAUCUAUAAUGGUUAAGAGGCCAAAUGAAGCUGAUCAAGGAGAAGAACCCUUCAACUUGCAAUGGACAUGGCUUCCGGAGUACGUUGAGAAAAUUAAGAAGCCAAUGGCCCAUUCUUUGAAGACGAAGGGUACUAAGUAUGUUAAUAAGCUCUUAGAACAAAAGGCGGCAACGAAUGAUACUAGUGAUUAUUUGUGGUACUUGACUAGUGUCAACAUUAAUGGCAGUGACAAGGUCUGGAAUAAGGAGAUUACCUUACAAGUUAAUACUCAAGGCCAUGUGCUUCAUGCCUUUGUAAAUGGACAACAUAUUGGAUCUCAAUGGGGAAAAGGUGGAAAAUACGACUUCCAGUUUGAGAAAAAUAUUACAUUGACAGCCGGAAACAACUCAAUAUCUUUGCUCAGUGUCACUGUUGGCCUAAAAAAUUAUGGUGCUUACUUCGACAAAACAGAAGUUGGGGUGGUUGGCCCAGUUAAAUUGAUUUCUUCAAACGACACGAUGGACUUGUCUAACAAUUCUUGGGCACACAAGGUUGGAUUGCAUGGUGAGGUUAAUGAAUUUUACCAAGUCGAAAAAAGCAACCACUUAACUUGGAAUGCAGAAAAUCUUCCAACAAAUAGGAUGUUCACUUGGUACAAGACAACAUUUCAAUCUCCCCCAGGGGAAGAGCCUGUUGUUUUGGACUUGAUGGGAUUGGGUAAAGGAAUUGCGUGGGUGAAUGGCAAUAAUAUUGGCCGAUUCUGGCCUAGUUUCAACUCUGAUAACAAUGGAUGUAGUCCAACAUGUGACUACCGUGGAAGCUACGACAGUGGUAAAUGCGUGGGCAACUGUGGAAAACCUUCUCAAAGAUGGUACCACGUGCCACGCUCAUACCUCCGAAAUGAUGGAAACACAUUGAUUUUAUUUGAGGAGAUUGGUGGCAACCCUUCGAGUGUAACUGUUAAUACUGUCGCGGUUGGAUCAGUUUGUGGAAAUGCAUUUGAAGGAAGCACCUUGGAACUGUCUUGCCAAGGAGUAAGAGUAAUUUCUGAUAUCAAAUUUGCUAGCUUUGGUGAUCCUAUAGGCACCUGUGGAUCAUUUGCAACCGGCACCUGCCAGUCACCAAACAGCAAAGAUGUCCUCAUAAAGAAUUGUCUGGGGAAACAGAGUUGUUCGAUUAAUGUAACCGAAUGGACUUUUGAGCCUAGUGGUUGCCAAAUUUUCCCGAAAAGACUUGCUGUUGAAGCCAUCUGUUAGAAUUUUUUUUUUUAUUUUUUAUUUUAGGUUUUCUUGUAGUAGUGCCGGCCAUUCUCAGUUGCAUAAAUUUUAGUUGAUUUUUGUUCAUGCGGUAUUUGUGGUUUUCCAUGAGUUGGAAUUCUUGUAAUAAGCAGUUAAUUAGUCAAUCAAGAAAGUUUGAUUCCUUUUAACAAUUACCCUUUUCUUUUACUCUCUGCAUUUGUGGAGUUACUGCUUGAUUUGAGAAUCAUUUAGUUUCAAAUAGACAAA